UGUUGCGCAUGCCUCAGUGUGGGAUUUGGUGUUGCUGUCGCCCUUUCGCCGCUAUGUCCUCGUCCUCCUCCUCUUGCUCCACCUUCCAUGCGCCUGUCACUCCAGGAUCGCGGACCAAAGCCCCCGCCGCCACCUGAAAUCCAGACUCGGUUUCCGCCCCCCAUCCCUCUUUCCCGGGCAUUGCCGUGCUGCUGCCAGGCCGCCGGUCCUCUGUUGGCUGCGGCUAGCACCGGUGCUUGGUGGGCAUGAGGACGGCAAUCCACCGACAUUGGGAAUCCAGCAAGUAAUUGCCCCGCAUUGGGAACAGUUGCCUCGGCAGAGGCUUCCCCUUGUUGUUGGUGAUGGUGUUGGUGCAAGGUACUUCGCUGAAGCACGCUCGGCUCGAGGAAGGAGCAGGGCCCGGACGAUUCCCCCCCUGCGGUGUACGGGCGCGGGGGCUGGUGGCCAAGGUUUUGCCAUGGGGGCUGCUGAUGAUGAUUGCCGAAAUGGCGCGGCGGAGCAUGGGAAGCAGGGCGUUGAUAAUGCUGCGGCUGCGGCUGCUGCUGCUGCUGCUGCUGCUGCUGCUGCUGCUGCUGCUGCUGCUGCUGCUGCUGCCACCUGUUCCCAAGUGACUGUGUGUGAACUCCGGAAGAAAAGACGCAACUCUGAAGGAGCCCCUGCCGCUGGCUGCGAUGGCGGGGGUGGCCAACACGAUGCCCGCGCCGCUUGUUGCCCAUAUUGAUGUUCGUGAUGUUGCAUUGGAUCCAUCGACCUUGAUCAUCAAGAGAGAGCGAUAUCGGCGAUCUUACGCGGUGUAUUGUACUGCGAGCUUUCACGUCUCUAGGAUUGAUCAGCAGAUGUUGCCCAUGACACCACUGGUGGGAGAGACAGAGGA